UGGAGGAGGAGGUGGAAGGAGAUGCCUACAUAGAAGAGUGACAGCAGCUGGACUAAAUGUUUUACUGCUGAACUGGUUCCUCAGGUAUCCUGGCUCUGGCAAUUGCUAUGGGAGAGUGGAUGACUGUUAUAGAUCCAGGUCUGUCUUCAGAAAGCAAAAAUCUUUCUCAAUAUACCUCAGAAACAAAGACGUCUCCAUCAAGUUUAUACUCACAGCAAAUGCUGUGUUCUUCAAUACCUUUAUCAAAAAAUGUGCACAGCUUUUUCAGUGCCUUCUGCACAGAAGAGAACAUUGAGCAAAGUAUUUCGUAUCUUGAUCAGGAAUUGACUACUUUUGGCUUUCCUUCAUUGUAUGAAGAAUCCAAAGGUGAAGAGACAAAGAGAGAACUAAAUAAAGUCGCUGUUUUGAAUUGUAUGAAUGAGCUACUUGUACUUCAGCGGAAGAAUCUUCUAGCUCAGGAAAAUGUGGAAACACAGAAUCUGAAACGGGGAAGUGAUAUGGACCAUCUACAGAACUGCUAUGCGAAACUUAAGGAACAACUAGAAACCUCUAGGAGAGAGAUGAUUGGGCUUCAAGAAAGAGACAGACAGUUACAAUGCAAGAACCGGAAUUUACAUCAGCUAUUAAAAAAUGAAAAAGAUAAAGUACAGAAAUUACAAAAUAUCAUUGCAAGUCGAGCUAUUCAGUAUAAUCAUGAUACGAAGAGAAAAGAACGUGAAUAUAAUAAAUUAAAGGAACGUCUACAUCAACUUGUUAUGAACAAAAAGGAUAAAAGAAUAGCUAUGGAAAUUCUAAAUUAUGUGUGGAGAGCUGAUGGAAAAAGAAGUUCCUGGAGGACUGGUAAAACUGAAGCCAGGAAUGAAGAUGAAAUGUAUAAAUACCUCUUGAAUGAUUACGAGUAUCAUCAGAAACAAAUCCUAAUGGGAAAUGCUGAACUUAAGAAGGUUCAUCAGCAAAUGAAAAAGGAAAUGAUUUCUCUUCUUUCUCCCCAAAAGCAGAAACCUAGAGAAAGAGCAGAUGAUAAUACAGCAACUGUUACCUCUGAUGUUGAGGAAGAUGCUGGGGAACUAAGUAGAGAGAGUAUGUGGGACCUUUCCUAUGAAACUGUGAGAGAACACCUUACAAACAGCAUCAGAAAACAGUGGAGAAUUUUGAAAAGUCAUGUAGAAAAACUUGUUAACCAAGUUUCAAAGGUACACCUAGAAGGUUUUAAUGAUGAAGAUGUAAUCUCACAAGAAGACCAUGAGCAAGAAACUGAAAAACUCGAGUUAGAAAUUCAACAGUGUAAAGAAAUGAUCAAAACUCCGCAGCAACUUUUACAGCAGCAGCUUGCUACUGCAUGUGAUGACGACACCACUUCACUGCUACGAGACUGUUACUUGUUGAAAGAAAAGGAACACCUCAAAGAAGAAUGGUCUCUAUUUAAAGAGCAAAAAAAGAAUCUUGAGAAGGAAAGACAAAGCUUUACGGAUGCAGCUAUUCGCGUAGGGUUGGAGAGAAAGGCAUUUGAAGAAGAAAGAGCCAAUUGGUUAAAGCAGCAGUUUUUAAUUAUGACUACCUUUGACCACCAGAACUCAGAAAAUGUGAACAUUUUCAGUGCCUUCUCAGGAAGUUCUGAUCGGGACAAUGUCACAGCGCACUCAAAGCCACAGCAGAAGACGCUUCACAGCGUGUCUAACAGGUCUCCAGUCUGCAUGUCUAAACUGACUAAAUCUCUUCCCGCUUCUCCUUUGACUUCAGACUUUUUCCAGAUGUUCUCCUGUGCAUCUGAGCAUAGUUCAGUCAAUGUACUGAAUAUAACUCCUGAAGAAACUAAACCAAGUCAGGUUGAAAGAGAGUGUACAAAUCAGAAAUGGAGCGUGGCAUCAAGACCUGGCUCACAGGAAGGUUGCUGUAGUGGGUGCUCCUUGACCUCCACAAAUGCUCAUAUAGAAAAAGAUGAUUUACCUUAGAUACUUAGACUGGAACGUUUUUCACGAACAUGUU